GUAGAAGAAGAAGAGAAACGGAACCGGAAGCAGUAACUCGAACAUUGUUGACAAAAUCUACUCGCGUUUUCCAGGUGGAAUGUAGUUUAAUUUACGAUUUAACGAAGAUCCCGGUCAAAAUGAGUCAUUCUGAAGACAAACACGGAACGAAACGACCCGCUUCUCCAAGUGAAGUGAGUAAAACCCGAGAAACUGUGAGGAAUGUGUCAAUAAAAGGCAUGAUUUAAUCAGACGGGGUUCGCUGUGAUAAUCUGCUCCAUGCGCUUCAUGAGAAAUCUGAAACAAGAGGAUUUAUUUAAAACAGGUCAAAGAAAUCCUCUACCUUAAAACUUAGCUUCUAGGGUCGAAUCUAGACUUUAUUUCAUUAAACCUGCAGGUUUUCAACACAAACACAAAAAUCAAAACAAAGGGACGUUUUGUAUCAAACGGGAUUAAGAAUCAGUGUUGGGAUUAUAUCACGUUUUUCCCCUAAUUUCAUACAUUUAACAUCAAAGAUAUGCUCUAAAGGGUAAAAUAAGAACAUUAUCCACGAGUAUCAUACUAGUUAAUAAUAAUAAUAAUGUAUUUUAUUUGUAAUGCGCGUUACAUCUGAGAAAACAGACCUCAAAUUUCACAUAAUAAAAGGCAAGAGUAAAAACAACAAAUAAAAUAGUAAAAGGCAAUAUUUUAAUGACUAUUACACAUAAUUGUGUUUGAACUCACUUUAUCUCUCAUCAUUGCACCAUUAUCACUGCUGUGUUACAUUUAUUUGCACUAUUGUGUCCACAUCAGGACUACCAUACUGUUUACAUUCACUCUCUUUCACUCACCUCCUCCUUAUAUUUAUACUGUUAUACUAUUUAUAUUAUCUUUAUUUUGUAAAUUGAUGUGAGUAUUUAAGGUAGUCUUUUGUUUAGCUUAGUCAUCUCCUAUAUUUAUACUUUUAUAGUUUUAUUCUUAUAUUUUAUUCUUAUGCACCGUGGGUCUGAGAGGACUGAAAUGUCAUCUCUGCUGUAUGUAUAACAUGUGUAGCAUAUUUAACCAUAAAGUUGACCUAACUGUAAAGACAUAGUUGUGGCAUAAAGACUUUUGGUGUCAACAUUUGUUUGUAUUUUAACCAUUGAGCACAUGUCUUGUGUGUAAUUUUCAUGUUUGUCUAUAUAUUAUGUGUUUUUUUAAUAUUCAAACCCUGAGUCUGUCAAGAAAGAUAACAUUAAUAAUAAUAAUAACUUUGAUUUUUCCUUUCAGGAUGGGUCCACUCAGUGGGCAGCGGCUGAUCUCGGCAGUAAUGAAAGGAAGCAGAAGUUUUUACGCUUGAUGGGCGCCAGCAAGGUUUGUUGUCUGUUGUGUAGAUCCAACCUACCGAUGUUACUUAUCUCAUAGUACUUCCAGCUCACUUGGAUGUGGCCUAAUGUGAUCAAAUUUCAAAUCGUUACAGUCAGCAGCAUUGUCAAGGAUACAGUCAUAUUGAGAAAACACUGAACAAACAUGUUUUCUAUGACCUAAAAUGAUAGAAUCAAUGUAAACAGUCAGGAAUUGUAAUUAUUGUAACUAUCAAAACAAAAUUAGUCACUGAAAGGAGAAUACAGGGAUCUCUCUCUGACUCGCUGAAUCCAAAAAGGGAGCAUGAAGAUUUUACUGCAGAUCAGAGAUAUUUAUUUUCACUUGCAAUAAAUCAAACUUUGAAUGAUGCAUUUGAUGUAGAUGUUGAUUAUCUGAAACAAAAGAAAGCUUUAGCGGUCAACAGAAAAUAUGAGCACCCUGCCUCCUCUCCUUCUGAGCCAGGCAAACAAUUCACAGGCAGGCACCAGGCACAGGUGACAUCCAUUUGACAAUCAGUGAGCCCCAGUGACACACACACACACACACACACACACACACACACACACACACACACACACACACACACACACACACACACACACACACACACACACACACACACCCAUUACCCUUUGUGACAAGCAAAAACACAUCCCUACCUCUAUAGUAAUCUUUUAACUCUCUGAGACAGAAUAGAGCUAUCAUCAUCCUUCGAGUCUUUUAGAGUUGAUUCUAUGAACAGGUUUCAUUCCAGUAAGUCUUCACUGUUUGUUGCUUUCAGUCUUAAUUUUUAAAGAAGUUGUGACAGUGGAGUAAAAUCCGACUGUGUCUGUUUUCCAGAGAGAACACACCGGACGCCUCAUCAUUGGUGAACAUAAAUCGACAUCCCACUUCCGCAGUGGUGAGCUUCUUAAUCUGGAUUUUUAAGAGUCUGUAUCUUUCUAUGUUCUGUAUGAAAAUCUUUACCAUCCCUUUGCCUGUACCCAUGCUGCCUCUUCCCUUUAUGCCCAAUGCAAUUAACUCGGCUUCCCCGUUACACAUCCGCCGCACAGCCCUAUCUAUGCAUGGAUAGGCCUGUAUUGGCUGGGUGUGCCUGUUGUUACUGGUGUCUCCUCUGCAGGGCAGGAAGAUAAGAAGAUGAACGAGCAGCUAGAGAUGCAGUACCAGCAGGGCAUGGAUGGGAAGCUGUCGGGCCGGAACCGGAGACACUGUGGCCUGGGUUUCAGUGAGGUGAGGGGGUUUGUUCCUGUGGGAAAACUUGAGAGAAGGAGGUUGAAGAAGGAUUUUAUAAACAUAACAUGAUAUAAUCAUCCAGAGGAACACGAUGAACGCUAAAUAAACAUGUUUUUUUGAUCUGAAGGAGGAUGUCUAAUGUGAAAUCUUGCAGGAUUGCAGUUAAUCACAGAAUUUCAAAAGGUUACAGGUUUGUGCACCGUGUCAGCCGUGACCAGGAAAAGUGAUGUGUGGAAGUAUUUAAAAAAAAAAAGAACAACAACAAUAAUAAUAAUGUGCAUUCAAGAUCUGCGGAGAGUUAAACUUGAAAAUCAUAGAAAUAUUAGUUUGAUUCUUAACCUUAAAGCUCUGGUGUUUUUCACUGUUGAUAAAGUGUCUUUCACCACAAACUCAUGAACAGGUCUCACCACCGAGUCCAACAUUUAGUCAUUUCAUUCUCAACAGGGAAUUUCCGACUGCUGUCCUUCAGACACGUCAUACCGCAGAAAACUUAGCCGGCGGGUAAAAACGUAAAUAUGCGAGUACUCUAUUACUCCUUCAUAAAGUAACGCCCUUCCCUGAAACUAUUAUCCCCUUACAGCCAUGAGGCAUAACAGAUCACGUCAUACAAACCAGUUACCACCCAUCAAUUAAACGCUGUAGUUAACUUAAGGUUGGAAAUGAACGUGAGCAUCUGCACAUGUCAGAGUGACAGCUUUGGAAACUGGAUGUCAUGUUCGUCAUUAACGUAGCAGGAAGUUUUGAUGAACUCAUGAACUGCUCAUCAACUUUUUCUCAUAUAUAAUCAUCAUAUGUUGUUACCUUCAGUUGUAGUGCACAUUUACAGACUUUGACACAAGUGAGAAAUGUAUUUUAUUAGCGUUAGUGUGGUUUUUAAACCUUUGUAAGUAGUCAUCUACGUUAGAUUCAGACUUUAUCAACAUUAAACCACUAUUUUAACCCGACUUCAUUGACAGCACUGAAAGUGGGACCAUCCCAGGACAUGAAUGCAGAGAUACCUCCUGACGUCAGUCCAUUUAGCUGCACCUGUACGCCUAACUUAACUGAUACUUAAGUCACAUUUAACACAAAUUGCUCUUUGCUUUUGACUCAUCAGCUGAGCCGUGGAGGAUUUAAGACAUAAUGAAAUAUGCCAUUCAUAGGUGCCUUUGUGUUAUUUUCUAUGACAGCAGCAGGAAGCAAGCUCAACUACACUGUACCAAAAAGGGACAACAGAAUAUGUGAUAAACCAAACAGCAUUUUAAUUAAAGGAUUAAUAUCGACAGCACUAAUUUAUGAUAAACACAGGAAAGUUAAGCACCAAGAGGAAACGCUGCCCGUCAGUUUCUCCCUCAUGAAGGUGAAAUUCACCGAGCUGUGUUCACACUCUACAAAUUUCUUCGUUAAAAAGGUUGCACUUAAAACGAACUUCCUCUGUCUAACACCAUCCUUCUGUUCUCUUCGCCACAGCCUGAGCCAGAGCCUGUCUCGUUUCCCUCCCCACCAGUGGAAAGUCAAGAAAAAACAACUGAAACAGAGAAGUCCUCUGAUAGCAAAGAAUCCACAGAUGAUGAGGACAAAAGCAGCGAUACCGACCCGAAAGAACAAACCUCAGAGCCGGCGAAGCCAAGCUCAGACGACAGGAGCGAAGGACGGAAACACAACUACAAGAUGGCUUUUGUCAAGUCAACAUAGGUUUUAAAAGAGGAAUGAGUUUUGUCAUCUCAGAUAUGUGCAUUUUGACUUUGUUUGUUGAACUUUAGGUGACUCCCCCUCCUCAUGAUGUCUGUCACUUUGAUUAUGUCGGGGGUCUUUCCUCAAACUCUCCUCCUUCAGUAACAUCCAGGUGUUCAUGUCGUGAAGCGAUCGUGUCGGCGGGGUUUGAUGUUUGAUUUCAUUUGUAGUUGUCGAUCAUGUUCUGACUGCAAACAGUUUCUUUAGUCCGAACAUUUUAACUGUCCACUCGUAUUAAAUGAGACAGGAUCAUUUGUCAUCCAGCAUGGUCGGUGUACAGAGUGUACAAUCUGUGACUUUUUUGUUUUGUUGGAAAGUAAAUAAAAGGAAGUGUCAGUUGUAGUUUUUGGUGUCGUAAAAACCUCAAACUUUAGUUCCCCAAAAACAAAAACUGUUUUCUAGACAUUUUUAGAUGAACUAAAAACAGUUUUGUUUCGUGGGGGAAAAACAUCUAUAACCCAAGAAGGA